CUCUAAGCCAACGGGGAAAAGUUGGACAUGACGAUCGGCUGUCAGUUGGAGGUUUAGUUUGGCUGCAACUAGUGUAAACGUAGUUACUUAGUUACUUCGGCGGGAAUGUGUUGGCAAAAGUAUGACGAUGAUAACAACAACAUCUUGUCUGUGAUAACGCGUCUGUCUACCUUACCACCACCUCUCAUCCAAACAUAGUGCUAUAGUUACUUAGUUCUACUACCAACCUACAAAGUUUUCCCUAGAAUAAUCAUUGUUUAAUGCAAUUGUGUCUAAUGGAGGAUUCCAAACGAGGCAGUCCUCACGACAGGAGAACUUCGCCUCAAGAUAACAACAACCAUCAUGACAACAUGGAUGUACGCGCAGUCAACAGUAGCUACAACCACAAACCUACGGUGAAUGGAAAUCUGUCUUCCAGUGAUACUGGCGGAACGGUUCCUGACCUACAAUCUUCACUGAGUGGGAAGGUUUCAUGUGGGGACUCAUGGCCAACAGAACAAGAAAUAAUGUUGGGGGAUGGUCUGCUGCAGGAACACCCAGGGCUGCGCGGUACGCCACUCGCGAUGCUUGCAGCGCAGUGCAACAAACUGAGCAGCAAAUCGCCUCCGCCCCUAGCUGACGCGGCGGUCGGCAAGGGCUUCCACCCCUGGAAGAAGUCGCCGGACACCUUGGGCGGCGGGCAUGACAGGAAGUCGCACACGGGCAGUCCUGGGCCCAGGGUGAGCGUAGCGACUACUCCGCCGGUGAGCCGCGCCGCGUCGCACGUCGUGUCGCAGACGCCCGCUAGCUGCGCCGGGCCCACCUAUACCGGCGGCGAUCUCUAUUUCCCCGGCGCCACGUCGGCGCAGCAGGGCACUGAUCAUCAGCUGUUGGGCAAAGCAGACAACCAUUCGCUGUACACCCGGCACCCAUACGAAUCGUGGCCGUUCAACGCGAUGCCAACCAGCCACCACUCGGCGCUGAAAGGCCCCCACGGCGGCGCGGACGGUGGCGGUGCGGGCGCCUGGUGGGACGUGCACUCAGCAGCCGCCGCCCAGGGGUGGCUGGAUGUGGGGGGCGGCGUACAUGCCGCUCAAAUGGCAGCCGCCGCAAAUUAUGCCGCCGUCUCCGAUUAUCCGUCGUUGGGACACGGUCUUGCCGCCUCCAAUACGGCUCAUCAUCUGCUCAGUUCACAGCACCUCCUGCAAGACACGUACAAAUCGAUGGGUCUCCCUGGCCAGGGUUCGUUCGGACUGAGUCAUCACCAUCACCACCACCACGCCACCGCCUCGCCACCGGCGGCAAUCGCCUCCCAGGUGGCCGCCUCCCAAGUGGCCGCCUCACAAGUAGCCGCCUCCCAGUCGCCGCGAUCGCAGCGUCGCUACACGGGUCGCGCGACCUGCGACUGUCCCAACUGUCAGGAGGCCGAGCGUCUCGGGCCGGCCGGCGUGCAUCUGCGCAAGAAGAACAUUCACAGCUGCCACAUUCCCGGUUGCGGCAAGGUGUAUGGAAAGACGUCGCAUCUCAAGGCGCAUCUUAGGUGGCACACCGGCGAACGCCCAUUCGUGUGCAACUGGCUGUUCUGCGGCAAACGCUUCACACGCUCCGACGAGCUGCAGCGUCACCUCCGCACACACACGGGCGAGAAGCGCUUCGCCUGUCCCAUCUGCAACAAACGCUUCAUGCGAUCCGACCAUCUCGCGAAACACGUCAAGACGCACAACGGCACGGGCAGCAAAAAGGGCAGCUCAGAUAGCUGUUCCGAUUCGGAAGACAACUCGCAGCCCGAGAUGUCCGGUGUGAACAGUCCCGUCAUGAACAGUCCCGCCAUGUCCGGUGUGAACAGUCCCGCGUCACUCAACCAUCACACGCCUUCGCCCGGUUUGGAUGUCGACGUGAAACCGCCUGGUCUCGUCUGAGCUAGGUGGGGUCCGGCGUUGUUCUACCAUCAGUACCAUCACUAGAUCGCAUUAGAUCAGACUUCUAAUCUAAUCUUAGAUUAGACUUCUAACCUAGGAUUGGAUGAGAUCUAAUCUAAUGACUAGCGGACAAGACAGGACAGGACACAGCCACGCCAGGACCCCAUACCGGGAUCGAAAUGAUAAUCGACUCCAACCACAGUUUUGUGGAAUCAAGUUGUCACCGCUCGUUUGAGGAACUCUGAAAUCAUAGUUGGGGUUGGGAAAACACGUUGAGAAAACAUUGUCCAGAAAGAAACAUCGUAGGGCUUGAGAAACAACGUUGAAAAAACAUCGUUGAGGAACAACGUUGAGAAAUCAUCGUUUAGAAGCAACGUUGAGAAACCAUAGUUGAGGAAUAAUGUUAAAAAACAAUGUCGAGAAACAACCAUCGUUGAAGAGGAAAGAAUGAAGUUUCUUCUAGAAGACAUACAGGGAAGUGAGUAGAUUAGAACAAGUUUGUGUAGCAUUACAGCUUGAAACAGCAGUUGAGAAAACUAUUUUAAAAUGAAUAUUGGAAUCAAACUAGUGUGAAACUAGUUGAGGAAGAGUGUUUUGGGUUCAAAGUGUUUGAAAAGUUCUUGGAUCAGAUAAAAAUGCAUAAAUAACUUGUGUUUCCAUAUUAAUUGUUGAGAGGAAGACCAUAUCAAAAUAAAAAAUAUCCCAACUUAUUGAAAAUGUUAAAAAUCCUUAUUUGUCAUAUUGCUAGGAUUUGUUGGGAGUGUCACAAACUAAAAUAUGAAUCAAGUGAAUCAUACAUUGGGAACUGUUAAUGUAACAGUUACAUGUUACUGUAAUUGUUGAAAUUUUAAUGUCGUUAUCUUUCAAUAAUUUGAGUCAUGAUGGUGGGGUUUAUCAAGAAAAAAUGUAAUUGAAUAUGUAGUGAAACAUAAAUAUUUGGAUUUACCAGAUUGGUGGUAAUUGGUGAAUCCAUCUAGUCCAUUAAAACUCAUCCAUGAACAAAAUUAGCUCCUUCAUUGAGCAAAGACAAUAUUGAUCUCUAAAUAUAGUAGAAAUAUUUGCCACUCUAUUCACGCUUCAAUCGAACGGAUAAAAUAUCUCUCAACUACAUCUGCAUGAACCAACAUAACGAGCGGUGACAAAUCUCUACGAUUUUGGUGAAUAAUGUUCAAACUCAUUGAACACAUUUGAAAAUAUUUUAAUUAUCUAAUGAUAUUGUACCGACCAUUUUGUACAUAGUCUACAUAAUUCUUACGUUAUUCAACUGUACAAAAUACUUCGACCAAUUUGUUUCUACAUCGAAUCGGUGUGAUAAGAUUAUUAUUCAAAUAAUUGUAAUGUACAGCUUAUUCUACCGAUGUAAAAUGAUAUAGCAAUUCGUUCUUGAGGGAAGAGAUGUGAGAUGUUUUCAUGAAUUAAUACAUUCUCUCACCAUUAUGAACACUGAUAGUGUCCUGAUGGAUACACAAUUGCUACAAUAUUAUUUGAGGGAUAUAAAUAAAAAUAUAAAUCUUAGUACCCUUUUAAAUUAUUUCGUCACAACAUGUUUCGGACACAUGUAUCGGAAGUAUUUUUAAAAAUAGCCCUAAAGAAAAAAUACAAUAUUGAAAGAUAUCUCAUCUACAAUGGAAAAAUAUUCAUUCUGCGUUCAAUACUGUUGGGAAAGAUCUUUAAAUCCAUCAUGGAGGGAAUAGAAAGAUAUCUCAUCUACAAUGGAAAAAUAUUCAUUUUGCGUUCAAUACUGUUGGGAUAGAUCUUUAAAUCUAUCAUGGAGGGAAUAAAGUUUUUAUGAGUAACUGUUUCAAUAACUGUAACAAUUUCUUGAAAAGUAAAUAAACAUCUCAAGCUGUUGAAAUUGAUAAAAAAUGUUCAACUAAACACUAUUCAUACAAUCAAGCUAGUAGGAUAUUCAUAAUAUCUCCUCACUCGAUGACGAAUUGUACAUAAUCUAUGUGUAUGAAUGUAAAUAAGACCAAUAUAUGAAUAUGCGUUUAGCUUAUUACUACUCUCAAAUAAUGAUUGUCUCAGUAUAAAAUUCAAGUUUGCCUAAUUACUGGUGAACUAUUAUUCUAUUAUGUAUAUUAAUUAAUGUAAAUAGGUAUCAUGAAAAUAUAUUGUUGUUUGCUAGAAAAAUAUAUACAUCACAUAUCAAACAAGAGUAUUUCUAUUUUAAUGGAACAGAUACAUGCGUGCGCAUUUGGUGGUUUAUUACUUGAAAUUUUUGUCGAGCAUAAAUAAUAUUAUGACUGACUUGGACGUGAUUGGUAAAAGUUUUAUAACAUUUGUAAUAGUGGCACCACUGUUAUAAAUACUAAUCAUUAUCAUUUUAUAAGUGUGUUGGUUUAUUUCUACAUGUUCUACUUUAAAUAUUUGCUUGCAUCUGUUUAUCUUCUAAACUUACAUUAAUGAAAGUACAGUCAAGUGCUCAAAUUGUGAUAUAUAUUAUCGAGGAUAGUUUCUAAUGUACGAAUGUUUUAAAUGAUUUUUGUUGCUCAUCAAAAGUAAAACGUAAUCACUGUUAUUCUGAAGGCAAAGUAAUGUUCAUUUGAAGAUAUCGCAGAACAUUUGUCAAUUCCUUGUGUGUAAUUAAUAAGGAAAAUAUGGAUGUACCUUAUUUCAUUUGUAAUAAAUUAUUUUUGAUUGAAAUUAA